GUUUACGUUCGCUAGUCAGAAACACGAGUUUCGCUAGCCGUUUGAAGGAGGAGAAGAAAAAAGCCUCACCGACGAAAAGUUAAAACCGAAAUACAGCCUGUAAUACGUUCUACGUUACUGAAAUAGCAGUGCAAGUUGAAAUGGUUUCAAAAUAACCUCGUCGGAAUGAACAUAACACACACUAUUUGGAAUGAAUUGUUAUGUUGUAAAUUGCACACCUGUUUAUAGUGACAAGGGAUUUACGAGAUCAAAGCGUGUAUCUUAUCGUGUUCGGGAGAUUUAUUCGCCCGCUCGCUGUUUCUCCUGUCCGUGUACAUAGAUUUCGACAGCUACAGAUAUCUGUUCCUGUUAACGGUCCCGCCAGGAAUUAAGACAACACGGAGAACUUUUACAAAAUAAUUUUACAAUCACAUUUCAUUUCCAAUGAUAAGUGAAAUGAACAUGUUUGAAACGAACAUUUUUAGCAGGAGGAUCAUAUUUCGCGUGUGUAUUCCCCUGUUUUUACACUUGAACGUCGUCAGCUGUGUUAUCACGAGAGAAUACCACAGACCGUGGGUUAAGGUCGACAGCGUGAACGCUCACGACGCCAACGUUAAAGUGGAGCGGUGGGCCAAGUCCGCGUUUCAGUUCGUCCACAGCCUCAACUGUAGUAGUGUGUUUUUCACCACUGCCAGAGAAUGCAGGAAGUUAGUUUCGGUUCCGCAGUCGGCUAUGAACGUGCACGUCGCACCGACGUCGGUUUACGGAAAAUACCGAACUGUGUUGCCUGAGGAGAGUUUGAGUCGGUCGGAGACACACGAGGCCGUUGUCGUGGUUGAUCCGUACCCGUCAGCGAACUUCGGCCACCUCGUUAUCGUCUUCUAUGUAGACACUGAUAUUAGUUGGCAUUUCUGCAGAAAAUCGGGGGGCGUGUACUUAGCUCAAAAUGGAGAAUGUCUGCGACUUGCACUACGAAGGAGAUGUAAAAACGCUUUGGAGCGGAGAUCAAAACGACGUAACUUCGCGAGACGGUGCGAGAUUAACUUCCUACCGGUGGUGCACCUCAACCGGAAGAAGGAAGACUACUUCGCGAAAGGGCGCGAAAACCAUUUGAAAUGCAUGUCCCACCUGGACGGCUUCGGCGCGUGCCCUGAACUGAGGUCUCAGAACGAGACGGCGAAGAUAAUGUGCAAUCCCAUCAGAGACAACACGCAGCGCUGUUCCACCACUCAGGAGACGGUGCGCACGAGUUGUCGCCCCUUGGAGACGUGCGACCAGGCGGUGAUUUUGUCAGGUGGCUGGAACCGCCAGAUGACCGGAUUACGGCACAAGAGAAAUCUACUGCUGGUCUACACGAUGCUGCGCAAUAACGGAUUUAAACGACGGAACAUUAAAGUGUUCUUCGCGAACGGAGCCCAGUCUCUCGUUGUUCCAGGAGACGGCAGUCACCGCGUCUACCCUGCCGCCAUGAAAGGCGCGUUCCGCCAUCACAUCCGGAAGACGUGUCUCUCGCCCCACUGCGCAGACUCGCUCGUCCUCUACCUGAACAGUCCGGCCCGGAACGACGGCACGUCACUGCUGUGGGAUGUCAAUGCUGACGGCUUGGCUGAAGAAAAUGAGCGCUAUACACUUCGUGAAUUGAAAGAUGAUCUGUCCAAUUGCGAGGCAAAGUCUGUCCACGUGAUCGUUGACCAGAGUUAUUCCGGUGAAAUUAGCCACGCCUUUCAAGACUCACGUGAACACAAAAACGUCAUCGUGAUGGUCAGCGGCAAGGGAAAUGAAUAUUCAUAUGAUGACGAGUACACAAGACACUGGGUAGCCAAUAACCACACUAGGAUGUGUUCACGUGAUGUUCACGAGCAAAGUAAGAAUGCGGUGAAGCACUCGUCUCCGCAGGUUGGAGAGGGUGUCGUGGACCAAGUCCGUGCGACCAUAUUUGGAGCUCCGUGUGACGUCACACCGCCGUUUUCCGCCAGAGAACUUAAGCGUGAUUAUUUUGGAUGUCAGAAUGUCCCCACGGCUGUAUGGUUAAAACAGAUGUUGAGAUCCGGAAGUGCGUACUCACAACGAGGCUCAGAUGAUGUCGAGGACGAGGAGAAGCAGACAGGCUGGUGAUAUUCAGACAAGUGGAGACGACGACGACGAUAAUGAUGAUGAUGUGAUUAUGAUGACAGUGAUGAUGAUGAUGAUGGUCGUAGUGAUCAAAUAUGGUAGUGAUGCCAAUCACUGAAGUACAUGUUAAAACAAUUCACCAUUUUGUAUGUUUUCGUCAGCUAACAAAUGAUUUUCGAUCACUCCUUGGCAUUAUUUGACAAGGUAACCAAGGUUUUGAGGUCAUUUGUUCGUUUGCUCCAAGAUGACACGAGAUUCACUCACUUAAGACAUUAGUGUGAUAUUUAGUAGUGUAUCUAAAAAACCCACCUUGAUUUAUAUUGACCCACAAAUGGGUCUCUCAACAAAUAGACUUCACUCAUAACCACUAAAACAAAAAAUAGAGACAUGUCAAGAGAAAGAACUCUACAAUAAGUUUAGUUGGCCUGCAAGACGUGAACAUAAAGAGACCACAAUUUGAUAAACGUCACACAAUCAACUGUUCUUUAGCAGAAACGUUACACCAAAAUAGUUUGAAUGUCCUCGGUUUCAUUGAUAUAGUAUAUUGUAUAUAACAACUGUUGUUAGUAGCACAGGUAAGACCCAAGGAAUAGCUGAUUAGCAUGUCGUUUGAAUCGUUAAUUGUGAAGAAAAAUAUUGAAAACACAGGCAGGUUGAACGUGAUGAAUGAUUGUAAUUGUUUGAAAUUUACGAAGUGAGAUUGUAUGUACAAUUUGUCUCAUGUUCUUAAAUCUACAACCAGUUAUUUAACAGAACAGAACCGAUCUUUAUUACUAUCAAGAUCACCAUUCGGUGACAUAAGAGGAGUGCCUAAGUUUACAAAAAGUGAGCGAUUAAUGCUAGGCUCAGACUACCAACAGUCACGACGGACUCGACGGUUGCGUUGUAAUACCCCAGCCACACACACACACACACACACACACACACACACACACACACACAAGCAAGACUGGUGCGCUAGGAUUAACCACUAAUCGGUCGUACAAGUUGUAUACGACGAGAAUCGAGUUGUAAGAGCACACAAACUAGCAACUGGACAGUCGUAGAAGUGAGAUAGACGAGUUAGCCAACUCCGUCGUGACAGUUUGUAGUCUGAGCCUAGCAUAAAAUAUCGAGAUAUUAGAUAGAUAAGCAUACAAAAUGACGAGACGAAAUGACGAGACGAAGUUUAUAUUCAAGUGAUAUUCAAUAAGCUUGGUGCAAGCUCAGUUGUCUUUAGUUCCAACAGACGUCCCCGAUAUAUACUGGUUAUUAUAAGGCUGGGUUGAGAGGUCGAUGGUUACGUUACCUUUAUUCAUUCACACCAAUUUACUUGCGUGCUUAAGUUCAAUUAAGAUUCAGUCACGCUGUCCUGGAGAGGAGUUCGUGAUUAGUUGUUAGUGGCUAGCUAGAGCAAAGUAGAUGUAGUAACCUAUACGUCUGUGAGCCUUUAAAACACACUGGGUUGGAGCCGGUACUAGAAUAUGAAUCCAUUACGUGUUGUUUUGUUGAGGGGGUUUUCUUGGUAAUGCAUUUCACCUAUACUGUACUGUAUUAAUGGACCAUAAUUAAUUUAUUUACACAAAUUAAAGGUGUGUCACUGCUAGCCAUUGUAAAGUCUUUUUGUAAUGAUACAACACAUAUUCUUAUGAAAUAAAUAGAUUUUUGUUAUGGGGAUUUCUUUAUUGAUCCUAAACUUGCAAAUGACCGACCAAAUGGUUAGGUUAUAAUAAACAAAAUUUACUAAGUGGUCACUAUUCACAUAUUGUAGAAACAUUAUCGUUUCUCUUUCUUUAAAUCAUAAUUCAAGGUGUUUGACAAAGAAUAUGUAUUAUAUUUUAUGCUGUGUACAAUAAGGCAAUUACGAGUAUAUAAGUCCACGCUUUAGUUGGAUUACUUUUGGUACGUACUGUUGUGUAAUAUAACAUCCCAUGACAAACAAUAAAACUUGUAUUUUAUUAUUCAUUUCCAAUAUAACUUAUCUACACAAACAUAUUUGAAAUUAUUAAAAAUAUAAAAUAAUUAUUAAGGAAUCCUUUGUGUAUACGCGUAUAUUCGUAUUUGAGUAUUGUAUUUGUUAUUUGUAUUGUAAUACACAUGUAUUUGUAUUCGAGUUUUAAAAUUAUGUAUAAUAAAACAGACUUAAAGAAAAACUGUUAGAAAAUGUAUUAAACUGAAUCAACUUGUCUACAGUGUGCUGUUCGUGUAUAAUAUCUGAUUGUGUUUUCUUGAAAUUUGGUAACGCAUAUUGAUGUUCUGUAGUUUUCAUGUUGAAACUCAAUUUCAGAACAUUAACUAUGUUGUUGCUUUAGAAUGUAUGCAGGUAAUACAUUUCUAUAAUAUUACAGAUCUACAUUGUGUGGUAUAAGUUGUAUUCAUUACACUCAGAAGAGAGGAAACACACAUUAACACAAUCUACGUUUUAUUGUUAAUUUUAAAAAGUUGUCUUUAAUUAACCACCCGACAUAACGAUGAUGAUGAUAACCUUGAUGAUUAUGAUUUUACAAACACACACACAUCCACACACACACACACACACACACACACACACACACACAUCCACACGCGCGCGCGCGCGCACACACACACACACACACACACACACACACACACACAUACAUAUUUCUUACUGUUUGUAUGUAUAUUUAUUGUAAAAAUAAUUUGGUACUCUGUAUAUGUUAGUAAAUAUUGUAUGGAAGUCUGACUCCCAGUAUCCAUAUAUAUCGUAAGACGGAUGUUUCUCUUUAGACAUGCCCAGAUAGAAACAGAACCAUUAACUGUUUGUGUCGUGGACUUGUAUUGUGAAUGAAGAAAGGCGACGUUUUGUUUGCAAUAAAUAUCUUGGAAAAGCGUU